CUCCCUGUGAGACACCGCUCCACUCCUCCAGCGCUCUCCUCAGAUGGCCUGCUGCAGUUCCAAGUUGUGGAGAGGAGAAUGACACCAGCAAUCCCUCCCAUCAAGACAGCCUGAUCGUAAGGGCGGAUUUGUCACUUCUCUUUUAUUUUUUAACCAUCGCAAUAAUGGCGCUUAAAUGUGCAUCUGUUUUUACGUUCAUCGCGCUGUGGGGAUUUGCGCUCUCCAUCACUCGGUACUCUGUGCCAGAGGAGAUGGAAGCGGGCUCCUUUGUUGCAAAUCUGGCCGCAGAUUUGAGUCUGGAUAUUCGCAGUUUGGAGGAGCGCAAUGCAAAGCUCGAUGUCGUCCACAGUAAAAAUUACCUCGACAUCAACAAAGACACGGGAGAGCUGAUAAUCCGUGAAAAGAUAGACAGGGAGAGCAUAUGCGUGACUAAAACAACCUCGUGCUUUCUGAAAAUGGAUGUCAUACUUUCAAAUCCGGUUCGCAUAUUCAACAUCGAGCUGGAAAUCAUGGACAUUAAUGACAACGCGCCCGUGUUUCGCAGAAAGGCGAUGCAUUUGGACGUGUCAGAGGCAACCCCUCCUGGUGAAAGGUUCUCCUUGACUAACGCCGUGGAUGCGGAUGUGGGGGCGAAUUCAGUGAAGACCUACUAUCUGAGUGAGAGCAAAUACUUUAGCAUUGACAUACAAACUGGCAGCGACGGCUCAAAAUAUGUAGAUUUGGUGCUUAAUGUUAAUUUGGACCGAGAGGAGCAUGCGGUUCAUAAUUUGAUCCUCACAGCUGUGGAUGGAGGGGUGCCUCCCCGAUCUGGUACAGCCAGCAUCAUCAUUAAUGUCUUGGAUAUCAACGACAACGCCCCCUUGUUCAGCCAGUCUGUGUUUGCAGUCAAUGUUUCUGAAAACUCUGCAGUAGGCUCAGUGGUUAUGACCUUAAACGCAACUGAUUUGGACGAAGGCACAAACGCACAGUUAAUGUAUUCGUAUACGCUUUACACCUCAGAGAAGACCCAGGAGCUCUUCUCUCUUGAUCCACAUUCAGGGGAGAUUAAAGUGAAAGGAGUGAUUGAUUAUGAAGACAGUCAGAAUUUCGAGAUGUACAUACAGGCUCAGGACAGAGGGACAAACCCCCUGUCUGGACACUGCAAAGUGAUGGUCUUUGUCACAGAUCUGAAUGAUAACUACCCCGAGGUGACUAUCAAAUCCUUGAAAAGGUCGUUGGCUGAAGACGUCUCUGUGAGGACGCUGAUUGCAGUGGUCAGUGUCAGCGACCGAGACUCUGGAGAAAAUGGAGAAGUGAAGCUCACCCUGGACCGACAAGAAACCCUGCCUUUCCUCCUUAGUAAAUCCUCUGAGGGUUACUAUGAGCUGCUGGUGUCAAAGCCACUGGACAGAGAACUAAUAAGCAAAUAUGACAUCACACUAAUAGUGACAGACCGAGGCUUACCACCCUUAUCUGAGAAUGAGACCAUCACUUUAGAGAUCUUAGACGUUAACGACAAUGCACCCAUGUUCUCUCAGUCCUUCUACACCAUCCAUGUUGUGGAGAACAAUCCACCUGGGGCAUUGUUGACAUCUCUAAGUGCACUUGACCCAGAUCUCAACGAGAACCAGUACUUGGUUUAUUUCAUAAUGGAAAAAGAGAUUGUCAACACAUCUAUGUCCAUGCUUUUCUCGAUCAAUCCUGAGAAUGGAGACCUCUAUGCUUUGAAGACCUUUGACUAUGAGAGAGAGAGGGAAUUCCUUUUCCACAUUGAGGCAAGAGACUCUGGAGUUCCCCCGCUGAGCAGCAAUGUGACCGUUCAUAUCGUCAUUCAGGACCAGAAUGAUAACACUCCUUCUAUUGUGUCACCUUGGCGGGUGCAUGGGUCAGUCGUGGAGGAGGUGAUACCUAGAUCUACAGAAAAAGGACACCUGGUGGCCAAAGUAGUCGCCAUUGAUGCAGACUCUGAACAGAACGCCAGGGUUACAUACCAGCUCCUGCAGAUCAGCGACUCUACACUCUUCAGCCUGGACCAGUACAAUGGUGAGAUUCGAACAACAAGGAUGUUUAGUCACAGAGAUCCAAGACAACAAAGAUUGGUGGUUGUCGCCAAAGACAAUGGUGAACCUGCUCUGUCUGCCACCGUUACCAUUAAGAUAUCAACGGUGGAACACUCAAUGACCUUCCUAGAGACUACCGAGUUACCACUAGAAUAUGAGGUCUUUACAAACCUAAACCUAUACUUGGUGAUCGGUUUAGGAGCAGUCUCCUUUUUGCUGCUGAUAACCAUUUUGGUUAUUAUUGUCCUCAAGUGUCAAAAACCAAAGCCAAAGGCGAUCAAGAUCCCCCCAGCCAAUAGAAACAGCAUGAUCAGCCAGAGGAGCUCCACCAUAGCUGAUUCCACCUUGAUCUCCAGUGAUGCCUACUGGUACAGCCUGUUCCUCGCAGAAACCAGGAAGGGUAAAGUGGUCAUGAGACAACCCAUAAUUCCCAAAGGAGCUGGCUACUUUGUGUCCAGUAUACCCAGGAGCAUAGGCCCAAGUGAGACAACAGACUCCAGAGCAUCCACACUGGAGUUCUCAAAAUGAAAGAAAGUUCAUUCUGCAGUUGGAGCAGGAGCCCAGGAAAGGUCUGCAGUGAUCUUAUCAACUCUUCACAGCACAAAACUUCCCUGUGACUCAUAAAGAUAAUGUAAAACAGCCAUCCUUCUGAAUUCCCUCUGCUUCACUUCCGGAUUUUUAUUCUUUUCAUCAAUCUUUGUUAUUUUUAUGUUUUGUUUCCCCCCACAACUCUCAUGAAUCCCCCAACGGUUGGACAACAAGUCUCAUAGCAGGAUAUCAGGACAUCACAGAAGAUGCCUCAUGUAGUAAAUCAGUUGUGUCUUUUCUCUUUUAAACUUCUUAAAUUUGCCUUCACUCCAGGGAUUACAGUGUGUGCUAUUGUUGUAGACGCCAUCAGUAUUCCACAAUGUAAAUACGUUUUCAGAAUAAUAAUAAUUUUGUCUUUUUAAUGCAGAAGUUGAAAACACGCCUAACACAAAGGUCUGAAUCAGGGUCACUUAGUCUCUUCCAUAAAUUCAUAAUUGUAACGAGUUAUUAAGGCCUGGCUUUUAGUGUCUAUUUUUUAGAUUUAUAUCAAGAUUGUUUUGAAUUUAUUGCAAAAAAACAACGAUGAUUCAGUUUUAGAUUUUUUGUUUGUUUGUUCUGCUCAAGAAAUUUGAAUGUCUAAAAAAAUGACUAAAAAGAAUGAAAGAAAGCGUUUAAAUAUAAAAAAAAUGUCUUCUUAAUUGAUUGUAGGUGCAGUAGUUCUAUAGAAAUCACAAAGAAGUAAUAGAAAAUAAAAGGUUUAAUUAAUAAUACAUGUGCAAUUCAUUCCUUAUAGUACUUGAUACACACGAGUUGCACUACAAGAUUUUAAAUCAAGUCAAUAUCUGUUAAAUAUUCAUAUACAAUCAGCUUUUCUCCUAUGUAGGAGGUGUACGCAAGGUGCUGAUUAAAAUAAAAAUAGCAUUUGAAUCAAAAAAAA